ACCAACUUGUAUAUACGCGGUCUUAGUCCGAGCACAACUGAUGAAGAUCUCAGAAAGAUGUGUCAGCAGUACGGUACAAUUACUUCAACUAAAGCUAUUAUGGACAAAGCUCUUAACCAAUGCAAGGGAUAUGGUUUUGUGGAUUUCGAAAGUCGCGAAGCUGCCGCACGCGCAGUUGAGAUGCUGACAAAGAAUGGGAUACAAGCCCAGAUGGCCAAAGUAAGACGAAAACAAAUUACUCUAGAUUUUUCUAUAUCUAAACUCAAAUUUAUAUCUGUCCCACAGCUUCAGCAACAAGAACAAGAUCCGACAAACCUCUACAUUGCUAAUCUUCCUCCGAAUUUCAACGAACAAAUGUUGGAGAAUGCUCUGAACCCAUAUGGGAUGGUAAUCUCGACACGGAUACUACGAAAUGCUGAUGGAAAUUCACGAGGUGUUGGCUUUGCUAGGAUGGACUCGAAGGAGAAAUGCGAAGAAAUCAUAGCUGCGUUGAAUGGAAAGUUAAUCGAGGGAAUGGACCCCAAUGCGACUCCAUUGUUGGUAAAACAAGCCGAUACAGGAAGGAAGAAUACACGAAAGAGGAGCGACAUGGGCUUUGAACUUGGCAUGUAUCCAAGUCAGGUAGGCGGUGUUUGCUACUUUUCUUACCCAUGUUCUACAAAACUAUCUUUCCAGCCGUUUACUAUGACAGCUCCACAUGAAUACAUGAGAAAUAUGGGAGGUAUGCCACAGAUGUAUCCACCAGCAUACGUGAAUUAUGGUAUGGGAUAUCCUCAGCAAGUGGCCGGAUAUUCGCCUUACGAUGUUAAUGCAAUGACGAGCCAGAUGGGUGGUAUGCAGUUAGGAGGAGCGGCACCUCCCUCUGCUCAGGAUAACGUGUAUAUGCUUCAACAAGGAUAUUUUGUCAACAGUAGAAAGCAAUACAAUGGCACCGGUCAGUACGACGUUAUGCAAGGACCUUCUGGCAAUGGAAAUGCUCAGAUGGCAGCAAUGCAUGGGGGACAGUAUGUACAACCUGGUGAUGAAGACCCUUACAGAAAGAUGAAUGGUGGCCAG